AUUUUCCCCAUCAUGUCAAGGUGGCGACACGUGGAGUGGUGAAGACUGCAAGCUCUUCUCAUGCCCAGUGGGCCGUGCCCUUCUUGAAGCUUCUGAUUAAACUCAGUGCAAAAGCAUUCUGUGUGUUCAGAGCUCCCAAACACAGAUCUGCUGGUGCCUUCCCCUUAAGUUGCUAAAUGCUCAAGGGGUCCCCAAGUGUGGGUGUAAUUGUAAAAUAGGGAGUAGGUCAAGUCAGAGGGGCGAAGUACCUGCUUGAGUUAAAGAUGUCGGUCACAGGGUAUAAACUUUCAGUUAGGAGAUGCGGGAGUUCUGGGGGUCUCAUGGACAGCAUGGUGACUGUAGUUAGUUGUGUAUUGAAUGUUUGAAAAUUGCUAUGAGAAUGGAUCUGAAGCAUGUUUGAGGUGAUAGGCAUGUAAAUUAACUUGAUUGCGGUAGUCACUUCACAGUGUAUAUCAACAUCAUCAGGUUGUACACUUGAGAUGUAUCCAGUUUUGUCAGUUAUACCUCAGUAAAGCUGAGAAAGAAUCGGGGGUAGGCACACCCACGGAGAGAUGGGUUAAGAAUAUGUGGAGUGAGAUUUAUAUUGAAGCAAGGACUUAUAAUAAUUUGGGCAGUAAUAAAGAUAGUAAUUGCUUAUGUUUAAUAUUAAGACUACCUUACUAUUGGAUUGCCUACCUGUUAAUUUUUCAGACUAAGAGUGAAUCCUCCCAUUUUAAUGCCACUGGAGGAUAGGAUUUUAGGCAUUGUGAUAAAAUGAGGAGAUACAAGAGCUGUCCUCGUUUUUACUGUUUUGGCAGUUACAUUCCAUUAUUGGCCCAUUUCACUGAUCAGUCUUUUCUGUUUUUCCCACGUGUUGCCACUAAAUCAUGUCUCUUCCAACCUAUAUUUGUUCAUUUUCUGCACAUGAUGCCAUUAUCAGCAUCAGCAUCAUUUUAGUUUGGACUCUGAAAUUAUCAGUGUCAAAUUUGUCUUUUGUACUAGUUUAUUGGAUUAAUUUAUUAAAAUCCUCAUUAUUACAUGCAAUAUAUUUGCUAUUUUGCCCAUUUUUUUAAUCCACAGAUUUGAUGAAUGUGAGUCCUGUGUCAGCAUCCAGUUCAUUAAUGAAAAGGUCAAGAAGAACAGAACUGUGCCAUUUCUGUCGGUAAUCUUUGUCCAGGUUGACAUCAUCCAAUAAUUGGCACCCCUCGAGUAAGGUUUAGCACGUGGUGGUGAGAGAACCCCCUUUACUGUUUUGUAUACAACCUGUAUCUCUUCAUCUUGCUCAUAAAUAUCUUUCGGGCAUUUAGAAGAGAUCUUGUUCAAACCAAAUACCUCCUGUCUGUUUCUGGGGCUUGCUUUCCCAGAUCAGCCUCAUCAAGUGAGGGGGUGAGGUGGGGCUGAGGUACAUUGGCUUAGGGUCCCUUUCCUGAUAUGUUCUGUAAUCAGGAUCAAUGUCAAGCUCACACGUCUCUCGUCUGUAGAAUCUGCUUUCUUGACAGAACGUCCCACAAAACAUCCCUUUCCAGAACAGUUUGGCCAGAAACCAGUUCUUUCUGUUGUAUUUUCCAUUUUCUAUUCCAUUCUAUUUAGAAGUUUCGAGUGAACGUAAGGUGAAGUACUGUCCUUCCAAAUACUUAAGAGAUGCUGUUGAUUAUGGUCGAAAGCUAAAGAUUUUGUUUUAAUUCUUUUUUUUUUCUUUUGAGAAGCAUUUGCAUUCUAAAAUAAUGCUUAGGAUUUUGAGAUCUGGAAUUAAAUAAUACCAUAAGGAAAAGGACCGUUUGAAUUCUUUCGGAGAAGAGAGCUUUCAGAUUCCAACCCCAAAAGAAUGCUAAGAAAACAUUCAGGCACAUUUUGGUCAAUAUCUGUGCACUGAAAUAUAAAUCUUCAAACAGUUUAUAUUUUAAGAUUAUUUCAACAGCAAGUCAAGAAUUUUUUAAUGCCAAUACAUUUUGAAAACAGGUUGUUAACUGGUGCCCUACGAACUGUACUUAGCCUACAAAUGUGUUUUCUUUGGCCCACAUAGUGUUUCAUAAAGAAUUAGUUGCCAGCAUUUAAAAAUAAGGCGAUUUCACGUUACCAAACCAAACCAAACCUGCAUCCCUGUCCCUUUUCGAAAACCUGGAAGGUCUGUGACUGUACUGGACCCAUGAUCCUACCUGGUGGUUGCAUAGAAGUAAAGUGCGAGCUGGAGGCUACCCACCUCAGCUGUGCGCGCCUUAUUCCUUCCCAGUGGCCAGCCUCGCUCACUUCAUCUGGCUGGUCCUCAGAGUGGGUUUGAGCUUGCCUCUGCUGAGUUAAAGAGCUAACCAAUUAGGAAUCUAGUUCAGAGUGGCGAGGAGAAUAGGAAGGUGGUAGCCAUUUGCUCUUUUGUUCCCCAAACAUAGGUUGUUUGACCUCGGGCAUGAUGUGAUGGCUGGCAGUGCUUGGGAGAGCAGGUGGAAUUUUCCCCCAGAGACAGCGUUCAGCCAGCAGCGUCCCUCAUGGCAUUCCAGAUCUGCUGGUUCAAGGUGACAAGCAGGACGUCCUCAGAAUAAAACAGCUCUGCAUUUCUUAGCACGUGGAAAGUAGGGAAGGACUGACUGCUUUGCACGGAUGAUGAACCUUUCCUUACGUUUGAGAAGACCAUCCUGGAUGGUGGAUAGUAAAAGAAUGGGGAUGACUUCAGAUUUCCAGUGGCUCUUAUUAACAUGUAUUCUCCUAUACUUAAUGAACCAAGUAAAUAGCCAGAAAAGGGGGGCUCCUCGUGAUUUGAAGUGUAUAACUAACAAUUUGCAAGUGUGGGACUGUUCUUGGAAAGCACCCUCUGGAGCAGGCCAUGGUACUGUUUAUGAAGUUUGCAUCGAAAACAGGUCUCAUUCUUGUUAUCAAUCAGAGAAAACAAAUACUCAAAUCCCUGCUCUUUUACCUGGUGAUCAUGAAAUAACAAUAAACCGUCUGUAUGAUUUUGGAAAUCUUAUAAGUAAAUUCACACUAAAUGAAAAAAAUGUCUCCUUAAUUCCAGACACUCCAGAGAUCUUGAAUUUGUCUGCUGAUUUCUCAACUUCCACAUUACACCUAAAGUGGAAUGACAGAGGCUCUGUUUUUCCAUAUCAUUUAAAUGUCAUCUGGGAAAUUAAAAUUCUACGUAAAGAAAAUAUGGAAAUUGUAAAAUUAGUGACCCACAACACAACUGUGAAUGGUAAAGAUACAGUUCAUCACUGGAGUUGGACCUCAGACAUGCCCUUGGAGUGCGCCACUCAUUCUGUGGGAAUUAGAUGCUAUGUUGACGAUCCUCAUUUCUCUGGUCACACAGAGUGGAGUGACUGGAGCCCACUGAAGAAUGUUUCUUGGUCACCUGAUUCUCAGACUAAGGUUUUUCCUCAAGACAAAGUGAUACUUGUAGGCUCAGAUAUAACAUUUUGUUGUGUGACUCAAGAAAAAGUGUUAUCAGCACAGAUUGGCCAAACAAAUUGUCCCCUUAUCCAUCUUGAUGGGGAAAAUGUGGCAAUCAAGAUCCAUAAUAUUUCUGUUUCUGCAAACAGCGGAACAAAUGUGGUUUUCACAACGGAAGAUAACAUAUUUGGGACAGUUAUUUUCGCAGGAUAUCCACCUGAUACUCCUCAAAAACUGAACUGUGAGACCUGUGAUUUAAAAGAGAUUGUCUGUACUUGGAAUCCGGGAAGACCAACUGCAUUGGUGGGCCCACGCAAUACAAGUUACACUUUAUUUGAAAGUUUUUCAGGGAAAUAUGUAAGAUUUAAAAGAGUUGAAGCACCAACAAACGAAAGCUAUCAGUUAUUCUUUCAAAUGCGUCCAAAUCAAGAAAUAUAUAAUUUUACUUUGAAUGCUCGCAAUCCUCUGGGUCGAUCAGAAUCAACUAUUUUAGUUAACAUAACUGAAAAAGUCUAUCCUCGAAUUCCUACUUCAAUCAGAGUAAAGGAUAUUAAUUCAACCGCUGUUACACUUUCCUGGCAUUUACCAGGCAACUUUGGAAAGAUUAAACUUUUAUGUCAAGUUGAAAUUAACACAACUAACGCAGUCCAAGAAUUGCGGAAUGUCACAAUCAAAGGAGUAGAAAAUUCAAGUUAUCUUGUGGCUGUGGACAAGUUAAAUCCAUAUACUAUAUAUACUUUUCGGAUUCGCUGUUCUACUGAAACUUUCUGGAAAUGGAGCAAAUGGAGCAAUGAAAAAAAAUAUUUAACCACAGAAGCCAUUCCUUCAAAGGGACCAGAUACGUGGAGAGAAUGGAGUUCUGAUGGAAAAAAUUUAAUAAUCUAUUGGAAGCCUUUACCCAUUAAUGAAGCGAAUGGGAAAAUACUUUCCUAUAAUGUAUCAUGUUCACUCGAUGAGGAGACACAGUCCCUUUCUGAGAUCCCUGAUCCUCAACACAAGGCAGAACUACAACUUGAUAAAAAUGACUACAUCAUCAGUGUGGUGGCAAAAAAUUCUGUUGGCUCAUCGCCACCUUCUAAAAUAGCUAGUAUGGAAAUUCCAAAUGAUGAUCUCAAAGUGGAGCAGGCUGUCGGAAUGGGAAAUGGAAUUCUCCUCACUUGGAAUUACGAUCCCAAUAUGACCUGUGACUAUGUUAUUAAAUGGUGUAACUCAUCUCGGUCUGAACCCUGCCUUAUGGACUGGAAAAAAGUCCCUUCAGACAGCACUGAAGCUGUAAUAGAAUCUGAUCAGUUUCGACCAGGUGUAAGAUACAAUUUUUUUCUGUAUGGGUGCAGAAAUCAAGGAUAUCAGUUAUUACGUUCUAUAAUUGGAUAUAUAGAAGAACUGGCUCCGAUUGUUGCGCCGAAUUUUACUGUUGAGGACACAUCCGCAGAUUCCAUAUUAGUAAAAUGGGAAGAUAUUCCUGUGGAAGAGCUCAGAGGCUUUUUAAGAGGAUAUUUAUUUUAUUUUGAAAAAGGAGAGAGAGACACAUCUAAAAUAAGGGGUUUGGAAUCAGGUCGGUCCGACAUAAAGGUUAAGAAUAUUACUGACCUAUCCCAGAAGACACUGAGAAUUGCUGAUCUUCAGGGUAAAACAAGUUACCAUCUGGUCUUGCGAGCCUACACGGAUGGUGGCAUGGGCCCAGAGAAGAGCAUGUUUGUGGUGACGAAGGAAAAUUCUGUGGGAUUAAUUAUUGCCAUUCUCAUACCAGUGGCAGUGGCUGUCAUUGUGGGAGUGGUGACGAGUAUCCUUUGCUACCGGAAACGAGAAUGGAUUAAAGAAACCUUCUACCCUGAUAUUCCAAAUCCAGAAAAUUGUAAAGCUCUACAGUUUCAAAAGAGUGUCUGUGAGGGAAACAGUCCUCUCAAAACAUUGGAAAUGAAUCCUUGUACCCCAAAUAAUGUUGAGGUUCUGGAAACUCGAUCAACAGUUCCGAAAAUAGAAGACACAGAAAUAAUGUCUCCGGUAGCUGAGCGGCCAGAAGAAAGCUCUGAUGCAGAACCCGAGAACCACGUGGUCGUGUCCUAUUGCCCCCCUGUCAUUGAGGAAGAAACGCCGACCCCGGGCGCCGAUGAAGCCGGAGGGACCUCUCAGGUUGUUUACAUUGAUAUCCAGUCUAUGUACCAGCCCCAAGCGAAGCCAGAGGAAGACCAAGACAACGACCCUGUCGGGGGGGCCGGCUAUAAGCCACAAAUGCACCUCCCCGUCCCUGCUGCUGUGGGAGACCUCGCAGCGGAGGACGACUUAGACAAAACUGCAGGUUACAGACCCCAGGCCAAUGUAAAUACUUGGAGCUUAGUAUCUCCAGACUCUCCCAGGUCCACAGACAGCAACAGUGAAACUGUCUCUUUUGGAAGUCCCUGCUCCAUUAACUCCCGACAAUUUUUGAUUCCUCCUAAAGAUGAGGACUCUCCGAAAUCGAAUGGGGGAGGGUGGUCCUUUACAAACUUUUUUCAGAACAAACCCAACGACUAACAGAGUCACCGUGUCACUUCAGUCUGCCAUCUCAGCAAGCUCUCCGUUCUGGCGUUCCCGGGCCAGCACUGGGCAUCUUGGAGGGAUCCUGUGAAGUAUUGUUAGCGAGGGGGACCUCACUGCGCGCAAGGCACACUCCCAGGUGUUCCUGUGCACCUAAUGUAGUCUCACAGCCAAAGUCGAGUAACUCAGAAAUUCAGUCCAUGCCACUCAAGUCUUGGAGCGAUCCGUGACUGGAGCCAAAGAAUUCUCACGUGCUCUACCUUCAGGAAGCCCUUUGUGGCUAAUCCUGUCUGGUCCACACAUGCAAAACAAGUCCCCCAGCCGCGUGUUCUGUUCUGCUAGUGGUUUUCUCAUACGGAUGCAUUAUGGAAUCGCAAGCCGAUUUACAGGCACAGGAAAAAAAUGUCAGAGUAACAGAUGAUGGUUAUUUGCCUGACCCUUGCUCCAUUCUAGACGAAAACCAAGCACAGAUUUCAGAACUUUCAACGUUAGUCUCCUCUAUCCACAGCACUUACAAAAAAUUAAUAUAAUUUCUAACGUAGUGACAGCUAUUUAGUGUUUUGUUUGAUAAAGUAUGCUGAUUUCCGUGCCUACUGUAUAAUGGUUAUCAAACAGUUUUCUCAGGGGUACAAACUUUGAAAAUGAGCGUGACACUGACCAGCCCAAAUUAGAAUCAUGUUGUCUUGCUUUGGGAGGUUUUGCAGACCAUCCCCUUACUCUCUAGCAUGCAUGUGAACUUCCCUUCCUGCAGUUGGUUGCCCUAAUAUUUAAGACCGAAAUUUCUAAGACUGGAGAUCUGAGGUUUUUUUUACAUCUGUUUUUUUUUUUUUUGUAACACAGUGUCAGUUUUAUAAAUACAGGAGCAAAUCCAGUAUUACCGAUAAACCUAGAAUUGCAGUGGUUUGACUCUUUGAGGUGACUCCUACGCAGACGCUCGCUGCAUUAGCUCUUUGUACGGUUCUGACUGGCUUCAGCGCCUCCCGAGAAGGCCGUGUCGUGGAGCCCCAAUCACCCGGGCAGCGGUGACCAAAGGUUCCUCCUGAUCAGGCAUUUUGGCCAUUUCUCCUUGUGAAAUGAUCAUCAGUCUAGACUAUUUGACCCAGUCCUCAAAUGUUUAAAUCUAAAACUAAAAAGAUCAUGCUUCCUACAGGAACAAUUCCUCAAGGGCUAUUGCAUGUGAGCUGUGGCAAGGUCCGUUUGAAUCGGUGGGCGUGCCCGUGUUAAAGGUGUGGUGGUUGAUGUGUGAGCUGUCCCUGACUUCCUGUCUUCACAGCCUCCCCGCCCGCCCUUGCUUUUUGUAAGUGAUGUCUAGGAUGAAUGUGGGUUUUGGAAAAGCAGAAUGAACUAAAAAGUGUACCUUAACAUCUCCCCCACCCGCAGGUCGUCUUUGUAUUUUGUCUUUUGAGAGUUAAGGCAAAGCACCAGAAAAAUUGGAAAUAUCUGAAUACAUCAGGAUGUGCCUGUUUUUCUUUUCUUUAUUUAAUCAUAUGAGCUUCUGUGAUGAUAAUGGAUUGGUUAUCCUUCUUUUCUAGGUCCUCAUGUUUCUUUAUAAAAACCAUGUCAUGGAAAAAAGCCACAAGGUGACAAGGGGCAAAUCUCUUUGGGUACUCUCUGAAUCCUGAUGGUAAUUGCUAGAAUUCAACUAAAUUCUAGAGCUUCAUGAUGUAUGGACGCAUGGAAUGAAACAGAACUAGUUAUGUACACGAUUAGUAUAUGUUAAAACCAUGGAAUACCUCCUAGAGAUUUUCAACAAUGAAAAAUGUCUCAAACCAGAGCCAUCCCUGACAGUUUGCUGCUUUUAUUUAUCCUCUUGGGCUCCUCUCCUCAGCUUGCACCCCAGACACUCAGAACUGGGGCUGCCUGCAUUCCCUGCUGAAGCUUGUCAUUUCCAUCCCCGCCUCUUGCCCCCAGCUCCUGCCUUGUUCACCAUUGAAGCCAGUGGAUCCUGUACUUCAUCUCUUUGGGAUAAGUGUUGGCCAAGGUAAAAGUUUAUUGGUCUGAGCUACACUAAGCUGAGAACGGGGAAAAGGCCAGAAGCAAGUGUUGGAUCUCUGUCAUCAGUAUAUAUGCAUUGCAGCUGUGGCCAUCUGGAUGCGGUUCCCUUUCUAACCUAUAUAAUGACUCAUUUGUUUGGCUUACGGUGAAUAUCACUGGGCUCUUGAGUCCUUUCACCCUCUCCAAGACUUCAGUGCUUUUACUGCAUGAGAAAGGGUUAGAGUGCUGCUCACCUCUCACCUUCCCCUGGAGUUCCAUACACAGCGAUCACUAGGUGAAUGGAAGCGGAGCAACACUGUUAGUCUGGGCAAGCUCUUUGUAACGUGCUGUAUGCCUACAAGUAUGUGGUUUAGGGCUGAGGCCAAAGCAGGUUGCUUGUCUUUCCCCACUGCGUUGAAGACAGCCAGACCCUCUGUGCAAAUCCAAAGUCAUUACCUCCCGCCCCCCCCCCCUGCCCCUGCUGCCCCACCUGGGCAUGUGGGGGCAGCCUCAACACAGGGAGAGAAGACACCUCCCUUUGUCACAUACCCGGGUGUUCGUGGCACCUGGUAAAUAGGCACUCUUUGUCAGUGUCAGGACCAUGCUCAAGUGUGAAAAGCAUUCUUGUAGUUGGUCACGCACUGUUCCAGUCAUUUUAGCCCCUCUCCCUGGAGGAGGGGACACUAAAGGCUAGUUGGAGGGGGAGGCUAGAUGUGUUCCCUUCAGCCCUUCCCAACUGGCAAAAUAAUUGGGAGAUCCCUCUUUCCUCAACUAAAGCCUAGUCAUUGGUUAGAAAACUCUAAGUAUCUGAACUCAUUUAUGCCCCACAAUGUCUGUUUAAUAAUAGUCCAUAUUAGGACACAUUUUCCUAUCUCGCAUAAGCCAGUUCACUUACAAACCAAUUUCAGAUCAAGCCUCCCUUGUGAGGAAUGAUGGUCAUUCUGGUGGUCAUUUUGACUGCAUUUCUCUUGUGAGUGGCCCUCUUAGAUAAACAAUAUUUAGUAUAAAAGUAUUCUUAGAAGACUUAGCUAGAAUUUUGACAGUAGGUAGAGCUUGUACAUUAUGUACUGCAUGGAUUAGUACCCAUAUACAGUUGAAGUCAUCGAUGUGUUGAACUAUAGAAGCCUGGAUUUGAGAUUGUGGCCCCGGGUAUCUGGAUAGUUGUGUGUUUAUGUGCUUAGGUGAUAGAGGUGCUGUGUUCCUACAGCUUAGACUCAAGCAGCCAUUCACGGAAAAGGUUAAGGGCGAAAGGAUCAGCCUCGUUUUCCAUACCAGCAUUACUUUCACGGCUCGUGGAUCUGAAGGACUGCAUUUAACACCUAGUACUAUUGCACUCAGAAAUUGUGGUAAAAGUCACAUCGUUAAAACUUCAGGCAACUUGUAUUCUUGUUGGAAAUCAUUAGUCCUGUAAUUUCUUAAUUGUCUUCAUGUGGUUCAUGUAUAAAGAACUUGGCAGUCCUUUCUGCGUUUGAAUAAUUAGAUGUAGGUUAGUGAAGAUUAGGGAAUAUUUUCUUCCAAAAGGAAUUUGAAAUCAGUUUUAUAGUAUUUUGAAAUUAAAGUACUCCCUAACAUAUCAAAAUGUGGAAAAUGUUAUCUCAAAUUUUUUGACAGCUCAGGCACAUAAUCUGAUGGGACUUUUUUUUUCUAUUUAAAGUAAUUUUUACUGUUUUCUGUGUUGAACCACUUAAAAUUUGCAUACCUUUUAUAAAAUGCCCUUUUUUCUUAUCUUGAAAGUCUAAAAUUAGGCAUCCCCAAAGUCAAAUGUGAGAUCAUUAGCUAAUUCCAAAGAAGACUAGGUACAUGGUGGAAAUUCAGUGAUUGUUUAUUAACAGAAUCCCAUUCCAGAAUGUGCAGUUUUCACGAAGGGUGGUUUAUACCGGGAUCUAGCUUGUGUAGAUCCAAGACUAUUGGCUGAAAGAUUCAAAUCUACUCAAGAAGUAGCUCCAGUUUGAGUGAAAACUUGGGAAAGAGUCAGGCAAAAGCAUCAAUAGAUAUCUUAUUCCUCCCUCAUUGUGAGAAUCCAUAGCGUCUUUUUAUUUAAUGGGUACAAAACUUGGGACGUGUUUGUAUCAACCAGCAUUGUUCUAGCAAACCAACAAGACAUUGAUGUGUGAGCUUAACUAAUUAUAAGGACUCGUGCAUUCUCUUGAUAAACUCUUUCUUCAGAGCAUUUAUUUUAAACUGGUAUUUCCUGCUGAAACAAAAUUCCAUGGUACCAUGCCCAUCCUACCUUUUAUAUCCAGAAGAAAAUUUUUCACAGAAAAUGAUUUUCCAAACUUACUGGAAAUGCAUCUUUUAGACAUGACCUUAGAAUAUCAUUGGGAAUCACUUGGUUUAAAUUUGGUCUGUUUGUCUUUGUGGAUUAUGUACCAGGGCUAUUAAUAUUUAAACCUCUUAUUUUGAUAACGUGGUGAGAUUUUUCUUUUCAGUUUGUGCCUUUGUCUUAACUAUGACAUGAUCAUAUUCAUGCCAGUUAUAAUGCGAAUGAGCUAUUUUUAGUGCCUGUAUGGAGGAUUAAGAAGAACAUUCAGUUAAUUGAUAGGUCAGGCUGUAGUGUGUGUGGUAAAAUUCCACAGGAUGUGAUUUGAUCUAGAAUAUACUCAAAUUCUUAAAAUUAUGAUACUGAGUUAUGACAAGUUUCUGUUAUUUUUAACCAUGAGAAGUGCUUGUUUUUCCCUAUAUUAAGACUGUUAAUAUUUUGGAUUAUAAGUGUCCAAGUUGCAGACAGAAUUUACCUAUGCAAGAUAAAUUCUAACUGUGCAACAUUUUUAUGAAAGUUAAAAGUAGUGUUUUAAGAGGGAAACCUUCUGAAAGUUUUCGUUACAAGUGCCUAGCUGAAGAACCAUAGAAAAAAUAAAUUCAGAAUCUCUCAAAUAAGUAAGCUUUCACUGAUUGAAUAUUAACCAAAUACAAAACAGAAGUAACUUACAUUACUUUUUUAUUGCUGUAACUGAACACCCUAAAAACUAAGAGAUGUGAUGGGGGGAAUGAAUAUUUCAUUGAUAAGGAAAUUAAUUGGUAUUACAUUUACAUAUAUUUUCUAAGAUUUCCUUUGCACUAGCCAGUCAGAUCUUUAAAAAAGCUAAACAACUAACAACAAAGACCUUAUGCUGCCCUUAAGCCAAAAAUACUUUGUAUACCUGGUUGAAUGGCUUAUUUAAAGGUAUUGAAUUUCCUUACACAUUUAAAAUGUACUUCCCUUCAGAAUUACUCCAUUUUAAGCAUGGGUAACUUUCAAUUUCUGAACUUCCUUUUCCUCCUAAACAUUCCAUUAUAAGACAUCAGAAAGAUUUCUAGGUGGUAAUACAAUUUUCAUUGAAACAUGGACAAGUUAACUGUUAGGUUCAACAGUAUUUUGGCAAUCGAUCAUACAAAACAAUACUAAAUUUUCAUUAAAAAAUGUUUCAAAUAUUUGGCCCCCAGUUUGAUUCCAAAACUUUUUCCCAUGAUUUAUGAUACACCCUUCUAUUUAAUUUUUUCCUUCUGACAUAAUGUUUUGGAAAAAGAUGAAUAUGUUAUGAAUAGUUGAAGACAAAACACAGUAAGAAACACCUAUUCAGGUCGUUGUUGUGGCAGGGUAGGUAUUCUAUGCUACCUUGGCGUUUGUGCUUUCCUAUUAUUUCCUCAAAAAGGAGCAUGGCUUUUUCUUAAAUACAUUUCAAUUCAGAAUUGCUUGAAAAAGAUUGGCCUGGAUAGAAAGACAUCCAGAAUUUGAGAUGGUACCACCUUUACAAGUAUGUCCAAAGGCUGAAAAUCAUUUAAAAAUACUCAACUAUCCCAAAAGAAUGUGUUGCCUUUUCUUCUCUCUCAUUAGCUGGCCAUAAGUCAGUGGUCUUCUUCACGUUUAGGAAAUUGCCAUUUUUUUACUCUCAAAAUUGCAUUAUAGUGAAUUACUGUUUACAAAAUACACAUACUGUGAACAGAUAGAAGUUUUUGUCUUUUAUAAGGUUGUCUGUAGAAUGAGUGUCUUUUUAAAGGGGUUAUAUGUUAAAUAUUUUCAGUUUUUUUUUUUUUUUAUAAAUACUAGUAACUGUUUACUAAUUUUUGUUUGGUCAGGUGUAUGCAAAUGUAGCUGAAAGAUAGGGAGAAACUGCACAUCCAAAAUGUCCCAUUUUCGUUUCUUGAAACGUUAACCACUACAGACUUUCUUUGUUUAACCCAAAUUAUCAUUUGUGAUGUUCUGUACCUAAAAUCAUGCUUAACCGUAUAAGGAAACCUUUAAAUACACACACAGAGGAAACAAACUAUAGAUUGCAGUAUAUUGGUGUGAUUCAGUCUGAUUCACAGAAUUCCUAGUUUAAUAUGGAACAAAACAACUCCCCUUAACAGAGAUGACAACUGAAGUAUUUUCCGCCUUGUGAAAAUUUGAAGAUUAUGUUGCUGUUAGAAUGGAAAAUUUGAACAUUUUAUAUCAUCGUAUAAUUUCAGAAUUUAGUUUCCGUAUCUUUUGGAGAACAUGGUUAUAUCAAGAACAUAGAAUAUAAGUAACCUAUUACUAAGACACCUUAAACAUAAAACUAGUAUGCUUGGCUGUUAACUCUAAAGAUGUUACUUAUGUUUGUUUUUAAAAUGCAUGUAUUUAACAAUUUUAUCAUAGUAUUGUCAUGGAAAAAUAAAUAUAUUUUCUUACAACUUA